AUGAAUACGAAUCAUAAUAAUACUUCGGUAGAUUCUUCUGUUCAAUGCGACCUCCAAUCACAUUCCGCCAGCCAUAAUGAAAACAGACCAUCCAAUCGGCUGAUCGUAGAAAGACCGCAGGUUAUUGAAGGAGCUGAGCAGGCUGUUGCAAGAGUCGUUGUAGACUUUCCAUCUAAUAACCCAACUUUGAGCGAAGAGGCAAUGAACAGACUACAAGAUCAGAUCAACAACCUCCUGAAAAACUUUUUGGCUGAUCCAGCAAAUACAACACACUCUGUGAAGAAUAAAGUUGAUGCUUCAACACAAACUAUUCGAGAGCCAAGUCCAGUGCGAGAAGCUGUCGAUUUCGAGGAAGUUGAAGAAUUUGAAGAAAAUGCACUUAUAGUGGAAAACGAGGCCGGAGGUCAACCAGAAGAAGCCGACAAUGAUGCGAGAGAUGAGUCUGUCGAAAUCCAGUUUGAGAUCAUCCGCAAUGGGGUGUACAAGGAUUUCCGCGUUGUGAUGGAAAAUUUGAGAGGGAUCUCCAUGGCAUAA